UCGUCGCGUAUUCUUAAUAUAGUUCCUCAAAUAGACACGCGUCUGUAUUGUGAUCGGCCGGCCGUCUGGGAUGGCUGUUUCUCCCAGAAGUGAAAUUUGAUUAAUUGCUGGACAGUAGCAGUGUUCUUACAACUCACCAUGGUAUCUCGAAAAGUAUUACUGACCUCGAGAUGGGGAUAUUAUCUUCAAAUUGACGAACAGCAAAACAUUUGUGGCGCGAGAACGAAAGAUGACUACUGUGUUUUAGAAAUGAAUACGGUCGAUUUCAGCAAGGUUACCAUUCGAGGAGAAAAUACCAAUGUAUAUAUUGCGAUGAAUGCCCAAGGAAAUUUAUUCACAACGGACACUGAGAAUCCGUCUUGUGUGUGGAAGGAAAUUCACCAAAGCGACGGUUACAACUACUACGAGUCAGACCAACAUGGCGGGUUCUUCUUGGCUCUCAAGCGGAAAGGUGUUCCGAAAAACGGUAACAGGACUGCUCUGGGACAAAUUUCCAGCGCUUUUCUCGCGCAAUCGGUUCAGUGACACGUUUUGGAGUCGACUAACCCUCAUCAAUACGAACUAUGCGAGAAACAAAUAAUUAUCAUGAUAUUGUAUUUCUAAAGGACAUCAUAAAUAUCUAGUAUCUGUAAAAUACAUGAUCAUUUUGAAACUAAAAGAAAACUUGAUCCUUGAUCUCGUUUAUUUAAAUUGUCAUGUGUUAAAAUAAAGGAACGCUGAAGUAACAGGUAUAAAAAA